GGGAUCGUGACCUGAGCUGAAGGUAGACGCUUCACUGACGGAGCCACCCUUUGGUUGACUUUAACCGUCAGCCGAUGAUAACAUUGGUGGUUCUCUUGAUGCCAACAGUUCUCGGGCUUUUUUAAUAUUCAAUAAAUGAGACGUGACAGUGAGAAUUAAGAAUGCUCAGAGGUCACGUCUCUUCACAUUUGAUGCCUCAGCCGGGUCGUAUUAAAAAUCCCAGCCGAGCAUGGUGGUGCGUCCGGGCCCCGGCCCCUCGGGAGGCUGAGGGGGCACGGCUUGAGCUCGGGAGUUUGGGGUGUAGUGUGCCAUGCCGGUCAGGUGUCCAGGCUAAGUUCCGCACCAACACGGUGACCUGCAGGAGUGGGGGACCACCCGGUUACCUAAGGAGGGGUGAACCUGCCCAGGGCGGAACAGAGCAGGUCAGCAGGGGGAUGACUCCUGUCAAUAGCCGAGGAGCUGCAGCCUGGGCAACAUAGCCAGAUGCCCGUAAAAAAUAAAUUUCAGGAAAUCACUACACUUCAUGCUGUUAAUAUACAUCGGAGAGCUUGAAAUGCUAAUUGGAACCUUAACAUUGAAGUAAUCGGUGUUUGAUCAUGAUGUUCCUGUUCUAGCCCUGCACGCUGCGUUGUGUUAGCUGGAUGGAGAUUCAUCAAACUGCAGGGAAGGGAAAGGUGGAUAACCACAGGUGGUGGGAGUCAGCGCCUCCUCACUAUUGGCUCUGUUGGCGAAGAUGCUGGAGCGUUUCGUCUCAGGGGGAGGGGGAGCUGCUUAUUUCAUGACCACCUUCGCCUCUUCUGUCUCCUCCUGUAGCAUAUUCUCGUCUGCCCUUCGUCUACGUGAAGCUUAACAGUUAAUGUUGAAGAAAUGGUUCUCUUUUGAAAAUCCUCUCUUCUAUUGUAUUGACUUCGAUUCAGAUGAAGGAAUAAGCUAACUGGAUGGGACAAAAUGAAUACACAGAAAGUGAAACUUGGGAUCAUAACGCUUCUCCUCACAGAGGAGGCCGUUCACACCAAAUCACUGGGAACCCUACGUUCGGAGCCAAUUACUCCUCACAGCCCCUGGAUGAGAGUUGGCCAAGGCAGCAGCAUCCUUGGAAAGAAGAAAAGCACCCUGGAUUCAGGCUGACAUCUGCUCUUAACAGGACCAAUUCUGAUUCCGCUCUUCACACGAGUGCUCUGAGCGCCAAGCCCCAGGACCCCUAUGGAGGAGGGGGCCAGUCGGCCUGGCCUGCCCCAUACAUGGGUUUCUGUGAUGGUGAGAACGAUGUACAUGGGGAAGUGCUAUCUUUCCCGGGCCCGCUGAAAGAAGAGAAUCUGUUAAACGUUCCCAAGCCACUGCCAAAACAACUGUGGGAGACCAAGGAGAUUCAGUCCCUGUCAGGGCGCCCUCGAUCCUGUGAUGUUGGAGGCGGCAAUGGUUUUCCCCACAACGGUCAAAACAUAGGCCUCUCACCCUUUCUGGGGACCCUGAACACCGGGGGGUCAUUGCCAGAUCUAACCAACCUCCACUACUCUGCACCCGUGCCAACCUCACUGGACACCAGUGACCAUGUCUUUGGUAGUAUGAGUGUGGGGAAUAGUGUGGGCAACCUGCCAGCUGCUAUGACUCACCUGGGCAUAAGAAGCUCUUCUGGUCUGCAGGGUUCUCGGAGCAACCCCUCCAUCCAGGCCACGCUCAAUAAGAGCGCACUCUCCUCCUCCCUGAACAGCCACCCGCAGACGUCCGCCCCCAGCGCCUCUGCUCUUCACCCUUCCCUCCGGCUCUUCUCCCUCAGCAACCCGUCUCUCUCCACCACAGCCCUGAGCGGCCCCUCCCGGCGGAGGCAGCCUCCCGUCAGCCCGCUCACGCUCUCUCCCGGCCCUGAAGCGCAGCAGGGUUUCAGCAGACAGCUCUCGGCCACCAGCCCUCUGAACCCCUAUCCUGCGGCGCAGAUGGUGUCCUCAGAUCGAAGCCCACUUUCCUUCCUGCCCACAGAAGCUCAAGCUCAGGUGUCCCCACCGCCCCCCUACCCCGCCCCCCAGGACCUCGCCCAGCCUCGCCUACAGCAGCCCCCUGCCCAGGAGCCUCCUGCUCAGCAGCCCCAGGCCGCCUCAUCCCUGCCUCCAUCCGGCUUCCCGCUCCUCACGGCCCAGGGUUCAUCUUUGACCAGCUUCUUCCCAGAUGUGAGCUUUGACCAGCAGUCCAUGAGGCCAGGCCCAGCCUUCCCUCAACAGGUGCCUCUGGUGCAGCAAGGUCUCCGAGAACCGCAGGACUCAUUUCAUCUGAGACCAAACCUGUAUUCCAACUGCGGGGGUUUCCCCAACGCCAUCCUGACAGAAGACUCGAGUACCAGCCUGUUCAAAGACCUCAGCAGUGCGCUGGCGGGCAUGCCCGAGGUCGGCCUGAACAUGGACACUCCAUUUCCAUUGGAAGAAGAGCUCCAGAUUGAACCCCUGAGCCUGGACGGACUCAACAUGUUAAGUGACUCCAGCAUGGGCCUGCUUGACCCCUCUGUGGAAGAGACGUUUCGAGCCGACCGACUGUGAGCAGAAUGGAAUGGGCCAGGAGCGUUUAUUGCUGCAGCAGCGGUGCUAGAAUGGCAGGGCACGGAGCCAGCUACACCCCCGGGGCUUGAGUGAUCUCGGGCUCCUGACACGGAAGGAGCCAAGUCCGUGGCUCCUAGCUCUCCGACGAGGCCCCAUCUCACACCCCAUGGCUCACUGCCGACAGCGGAGCUGUGCCCUGGCCCUCGGGCAAGCGGGCUGCUUUCGGAGCUCCCGAUGACUCCCUCGUCACCGGGACCAGGACACCCUUUCCUUGGCCGUCUAGUCCGUCGAUGUGUAAAAGUAGAGCAGAGCCCUGGAACAGGCCGCGGUAGUGUUGUGAGGCGCUCAGAACCACUGAUCUUAGUCCACACUGAAGAGAGGGCCUGGCCUGCGGGGCAGGGAGGGGCUGCAGGCCUUCGGGAGUUGGCUCAGCUUCGAGCAGCGGUACCACAGCGCCACGGUGCGUCCUCCGCUGCCGCCGGCCUGGCUCGGCAGCUGCCCGCCGCUGACCACACGUGCCAGGAUCGCCCAGGUGCCUUAAUUCCAGUAUGAAGAAUUUUUACCACGAUUUCAAGAACUGAUUUGAGUUAAGCAAACUGAACGCUCAUUUGUUUUCUCCCGAGUGUGUAGUCUCCUUUCUGCUGCUUCAGUACACCUUUUCCUGUGGACGAGGGGAAAGGAGGACCGUUUUAUUCAGUCACUGAAAAAAAAAAAAACAACCAGUCCCCCGGUGAUGGACGAGCCUGAAGAGAAAAGGGCUUCCUCUCGAUGGGGGUGGGGGGGGG